GCGAGAUGCACCCGGCCGUAAUCUGUGAGCUGUGCGAUUGCCUCAGCAAGUGUGAAGUGUGUGCUUUGGUGUCCUGGGAGGCUAGGCUUCCCCGAGUGGGAGGGAAAAGUUGGAGCCACUUCUCUGAGGGUAUCACUGGGACCACUGUGCUGGAUCCUGAGUCAUUUGGGCGGCACCAUGGCGGAAAGAAAAGGAACAGCGAAAGUAGACUUCUUGAAGAAGAUUGAGAAAGAAGUCCAGCAGAAAUGGGAGGCUGAGAAAGUGUUUGAAGUCAAUGCAUCUCAUUUGGAGAAGCAGAAGCAGACCAGCAAGGACAAAUACUUUGUUACCUUCCCAUAUCCAUACAUGAAUGGACGCCUUCAUUUGGGACACACGUUUUCCCUAUCCAAGUGUGAGUUUGCAGUAGGAUACCAGAGAUUAAAAGGAAAAAUUUGUCUGUUUCCUUUUGGGUUACACUGUACCGGUAUGCCAAUUAAGGCAUGUGCUGACAAGCUGAAAAGAGAAAUAGAGCUGUAUGGCUGCCCUCCUGAUUUUCCAGAGGAAGAAGAGGAAGAGGAACAAAGCAGUGUCAAACCUGGAGAUUUGAUAAUGAAGGAUAAAGCCAAAGGAAAAAAGAGUAAAGCUGCUGCCAAAGCAGGUUCUUCUAAGUACCAGUGGGACAUUAUGAAAUCCCUUGGGCUUUCUGAUGAAGACAUAGUGAAGUUUUCUGAAGCAGAACAUUGGCUUGAUUAUUUCCCACCCCUGGCUGUUCAGGAUCUGAAGAAAAUAGGUUUGAAGGUAGACUGGCGGCGCUCCUUCAUCACCACGGAUGUAAACCCUUACUAUGAUUCUUUUGUCAGGUGGCAGUUUGUGACAUUAAAAGAAAGAAACAAAAUUAAAUUUGGGAAGCGGUACACCAUUUAUUCUCCAAAAGAUGGACAACCUUGUAUGGAACAUGAUAGGCAAACUGGAGAGGGUGUUGGACCGCAGGAAUAUACCCUCGUUAAACUGAAGGUGCUUGAACCAUACCCAUCAAAAUUAAGUGGCCUGAAAGGGAAAAAUAUCUUCCUAGUAGCUGCUACCCUUAGACCUGAGACGAUGUUUGGACAGACAAACUGUUGGGUUCACCCUGAUAUGAAGUAUAUUGGAUUUGAGACAGCAAAUGGUGAUAUAUUCAUCUGCACCCAGAGAGCUGCCAGGAAUAUGUCGUACCAAGGCUUCACUAAGCACAAUGGAGUGGUGCCUGUUGUGAAGGAAUUAAUGGGCGAGGAAAUCCUUGGGGCUGCACUUUCUGCACCCCUGACAUGCUAUAAGGUGGUCUACGUUCUCCCUAUGCUCACCAUUAAGGAGGAUAAAGGCACUGGUGUGGUCACGAGUGUUCCUUCUGAUUCCCCGGAUGAUCUUGCAGCACUCAGAGACUUGAAGAAAAAGCAAGCCUUCCGAGUAAAGUAUGGAAUUAGAGAUGAAAUGGUCCUGCCAUUUGAGCCGGUGCCAGUCCUUGAAAUCCCAGGGAUUGGAAGUCUUUCUGCUGUGACCCUUUGUGAUGAGCUGAAAAUUCAGAGCCAGAAUGACCGUGAAAAACUUGCAGAAGCAAAGGAGAAAUUGUAUUUAAGAGGGUUUUAUGAUGGCGUAAUGUUGGUGGAUGGAUUUAAAGGACAGAAGAUCCAAAACGUAAAGAAGACUAUUCAGAAAAACAUGGUUGAUGCUGGAGAUGCACUUAUCUACAUGGAACCAGAAAAACAAGUGAUAUCGAGGUCUGCAGAUGAAUGUGUCGUGGCCCUGUGUGACCAGUGGUACCUGGAUUAUGGAGAAGAGAGCUGGAAGAAGGAGACAUUUCAGUGUUUGAAGAACAUGGAAACAUUCUGCGAGGAGAGCAGGAAGAACUUUGAAGCUUCCUUAGACUGGCUACAAGAACAUGCUUGUUCAAGAACCUAUGGUUUAGGCACUCGUCUGCCUUGGGAUGAGCAAUGGUUGAUCGAAUCACUUUCAGAUUCCACUAUUUACAUGGCAUUUUACACAGUUGCACACCUGUUGCAGGGGAAUGACCUGCAUGGGCAGGCAGAGUCUCCACUGGGCAUCAGACCCCAGCAGAUGACCAAGGACGUUUGGGAUUAUGUGUUCUUCAAGGAUGCUCCAUUUCCUAAGACUCAGAUUCCAAAAGAAAAGCUGGAUCAGCUGAAGCAGGAGUUUGAGUUCUGGUAUCCAGUGGACCUUCGAGCCUCUGGCAAAGAUCUGAUUCCAAAUCAUCUUUCGUAUUACAUUUACAACCAUGUAGCCAUGUGGCCGGAACAAAGUGACAAGUGGCCUGUGGCUGUUCGAGCAAAUGGACACCUGCUGCUCAACUCAGAGAAGGAAUGCGCCUGGCUCUGGCUGAUGCUGGCGACACUGUUGAAGAUGCCAAUUUUGUGGAAGCCAUGGCAGACGCAGGUAUCCUCCGUUUGUACACAUGGGUAGAAUGGGUCAAAGAAAUGCUCGCCAACUGCAGCAGCCUCAGAAGUGGACCUGCCAGCUCAUUCAAUGAUCGUGUAUUUGCCAGUGAAAUGAAUGCAGGAAUUAUAAAAACAGAUCAAAACUAUGAAAAGAUGAUGUUUAAAGAAGCUUUGAAAACAGGUUUUUUUGAGUUUCAGGCUGCGAAAGAUAAAUACCGUGAACUGGCUACAGAAGGGAUGCACAGAGAGCUUGUGUUCCGGUUUAUUGAAGUUCAGACCAUCCUUCUGGCUCCAUUCUGUCCACAUUUGUGUGAGCACAUCUGGACACUACUGGGAAAGCCUGAUUCAAUUAUGAAUGCCUCAUGGCCCGUGGCAGGUCCUGUGGAUGAAUCCUUAAUCCGUUCCUCACAGUAUCUCAUGGAAGUAGCACAUGACCUUAGAUUACGGCUCAAGAAUUAUAUGAUGCCAGCUAAAGGGAAGAAGACUGACAAACAACCACCACAGAGGCCCUCACACUGCACCAUCUAUGUGGCAAAGAAUUACCCUCUCUGGCAGCAUAUCACCCUGUCGGUCCUGAGAAACCACUUUGAGGCCAAUGGUGGAAAAUUGCCUGAUAACAAAGCCAUUGCUUCUGAACUAGGCAAUUUGCCAGAAUUGAAGAAAUACAUGAAGAAAGUUAUGCCAUUUGUGGCCAUGAUUAAGGAAAACAUGGAGAAGAAAGGGCCUCGAGUCUUGGAUUUACAGUUGGAAUUUGAUGAGCAGGCAGUACUUAUGGAGAAUAUAGUCUAUCUAACCAAUUCUCUUGAGUUAGAACAUAUAGAAGUCAAGUUUGCCUCUGAAGCAGAAGAUAAAGUCAGGGACGACUGUUGUCCUGGGAAGCCGCUUAAUGUUUUCAGAACAGAAGCUGGUGUGUCAAUUUUCCUAGUAAAUCCCCAGCCAUCCAAUGGCCACUUCUCAACCAAAAUUGAUGUCAGGCAAGGAGACAGCUGUGAUUCCAUAAUCAGACGCUUAAUGAAAAUGGACCGAGGAAUCAAAGAUCUUUCCAAAGUGAAACUGAUGAGGUUUGAUGAUCCUCUGCUGGGGCCUCGAAGAGUUCCGGUCCUAGGGAGAGAGCACAGUGAGAAGACGCUCAUUUCUGAGAAUGCUGUUUUCCAUGUGGACCUAGGGAGCAAGAAAGUUCACCUCACCGAGAACGGGCUACGCACUGAUAUUGGCGACACAAUAGUCUAUCUGGUUCACUGAGCUCAUGCAAAUUGGACCUUUAAUAUGGUUCCGCCUUGAGAAUCUCAAGCUAAAUCUAAAUAGACUUCAUUUCUAAUGGCUGGAUUCUGUGUGUAUUCAUAAUUACACCAAUUCCCCUUUGAUUUCUAAAUCUAAUAAACUGGCAUCUUUUUUCACCUUUGGGCCUCUAAGAGAAA